AUGGGGCCCCUGGAAGCUGGUAGGGAAGGAUUCACUCGGUCAUCUGACCUAAUGGCUCACCAGCGAGUUCACACUGGGGAGCGGCCGUUCACCUGCUCAGACUGUGGGAAGGGAUUCACUCGGUCAUCUAAUCUAAAGGUACAUCAGAGAGUUCACACUGGAGAGAGGCCGUUCACCUGCUCAGACUGCAGGAAGGGAUUCACUCGGUCAUCCGACCUACUGGAACACCAGUCAGUUCACACUGGAGAGAGGCCAUUCAGCUGCUCAGACUGUGGGAAGGGAUUCACUAAAUCCUCUCACUUAGAGAGACACCAGUCAGUUCACACUGGAGAGAGGCCGUUCACCUGCUCAGACUGCGGGAAAGGAUUCACUCGGUCAUCCACUCUAAUGGCACAUCAGCGAGUUCACACUGGGGAGCAGCCGUUCACCUGCUCAGACUGUAGGAAAGGAUUCACUUGCUCAUCUAAACUGAAGGUACAUCAGCGAGUUCACACUGGAGAGAAGCCAUUCACCUGCUCAGACUGUGGGAAGGGAUUCACUCAGUCAUCUAAACUGAAGGUACAUCAACGAGUUCACACUGGAGAGAGGCCAUUCACCUGCUCAGUCUGUGGGAAGGCAUUCACUUGCUCAUCUAAGCUAAAGGUGCAUCAGCGAGUUCACACUGGAGAGAGGCCAUUCACCUGUUCAUACUGUGGGAAGGGAUUUACUUGCUCAUCUCAAAUGAAGGUACAUCAGAGAGUUCACACCGGGGAGCGGCCGUUCACCUGCUCGGACUGUGGGAAGGGAUUCACUUUGUCAUCUGAGCUACUGAGACACCAGUCAGUUCACACCGGGGAGAGGCCGUUCACCUGCUCAGACUGUGGGAAAGGAUUCACUCGGUCAUCCAACCUACUGGUACACCAGCGAAUUCACACCAGGGAGCAGCCAUUCACCUGUUCGGACUGUGGGAAGGUAUUCACUUGCUCAUCUAAGCUGAAGGUACAUCAGCGAGUUCACACUGGAGAGAGGCCAUUCACCUGCUCAGUCUGUGGGAAGGGAUUCAUUUGCUCAUCCCAAUUGAAGGUACAUCAGAGAGUUCACACCAGGGAGCGGCCGUUCACCUGCUUGGACUGUGGGAAGGGAUUCACUUUGUCAUCUCAGCUACUGAGACACCAGUCAGUUCACACCGGGGAAAAGCCAUUCACCUGCUCAGUCUGUGGGAAGGGAUUCAAUUUGUCAUCUUACCUACUGAGACACCAGGCAGUUCACAGUGGGGAGUGUCCAUUCACCUGCUCAGUCUGUGGGAAGGGAUUCACUUGCUCAUCCGAACUGAAGGUACAUCAGCGAGUUCACACUGGAGAGAGGCCGUUCUCCUGCUCAGACUGCGGGAAGGGAUUCACUCGGUCUUACACCCUAAUGGCACACCAGUCAGUUCACACUGGGGAGAGGCCGUUCACCUGUUCGGACUGUGGGAAGGGAUUCACUUGCUCAUCUAAACUGAAGGUACAUCAGCGAGUUCACACUGGGGAGAGGCCAUUCACCUGCUCGGACUGUGGGAAGGGAUUCACUUUGUCAUCUAAACUGAAGGUACAUCAGCGAGUUCACACUGGGGAGAGGCCAUUCACCUGCUCGGACUGUGGGAAGGGAUUCACUUUGUCAUCUGAGCUACUGAGACACCAGUCAGUUCACACCGGGGAGAGGCCAUUCACCUGCUCAGACUGUGGGAAAGAAUUUACUCGGUCAUCUCAACUACAGAGACACGAGCAAGUUCACAAUGGGUAGAGGCCACUCACCUGCUCGAACUUUGGGGAAAAAAUUACUUGGAAAUUAGAGGAUUGGAAAGCUUUUACAUAACUAGCAGGAGACAACUAAAAAAAGCAUGCAGGACAGACAAGAUGAUAAAUUAAGGACUAUGCCAGAAUCAAGUGAUUCUUGACAGGUCAUGACCAAUGCAUCUGUUAUCUCUUCAGCAGCCUCUCUCAGGACUCUAGGAUGUCGUCCAUCUGGUCCAGGUGACUUAUCCACUUUAAGAACCUGAGUUUGCCUACCAUGUUUUCCUUUGUAAUAGCAAUGGCACUCACUCCUGCACCCUGACACUCACGGAUCUCUGGCACACUGCUAGCGUCUUCCACAGAAACGACAGAUGCAAAGAACCUACCAAGUUCAUCGACUAUCUCUUCCUCAUUUCUACCUCAUGAGUAUCAUUUUCCAGUGGUCCAAUAUCAACUCUUGCCUCCCUUUCGCAUUUUUUAUAAUGGUUUAUAUUAUUGUCUAGUUUGCUCUCAUAUUUCACCUUUCCCCCUCUUGUAGCUUUUUUUUUAGUUAUCUAUUAUUGGAUUUUAAAAGCUACCCAAUUAUCUAACUUCCUACCCACUUUUGCUACCUUAUAUGCUUUUAUUCAGUCCUUAAUUUCCUUUGUCAGCCACGUUAGCCUAGCCCAAGGGUCGGCAUCCCGCGGUUCCUUGAUCUCUGUGCUGCGGCUCCCCGUAGUUUGUUAGUUUUUGAAAUGUAAUUUGAAAUUUGAAGAUUAUGGUGAUCUUGUACAAUCUAAAAACGUUGUGGAGACCCCAUUUCCUGGCACAUCCAAACCGGCUCACAAUUAGCCACCGUUCCGGCUAAGGGAGAUAGACAGGGGUUUGUGAGUACGUGUCUUUUGGAGCAUCCGUGCCCACGGGGGCAGGUUGAGGGAGGCUUUAAAUCAAGGCUGUUUAAUUCGAAUAAAGUUACCUUUGACUGCAGUGUCUUUAUUUUAGCGCUGCGUGUAGCGCUACACCGCUACAAUGUGUUUUUUAUCGCUAUUAAUAUACAUCACCACUGCCAAUGCCUGACACCCGCCAGUGCGCGAUUUCUUUUAAUUCUUAGAUCCAAGGUAGGCUACCUAUGGAGUAACCUUCAACCCAACGUCUUUUUUUCGGAGUUCAAAAUGUUUUUGUUGCAUGCAGAAAUGUAAUUUUGUUUUCUCUGCAGGAGUUCAUCAAUUUCAUAAAUGCAACACAUUAUAGUUUGUUUAUACAUAGCAUAAAGGCAAAAAAAACCGUUGUAUGCAGUGUUAUUUCAUUUUAAAUGUCAAACGGGUUUUGUGGCUCCCAGUGUUUUCUUUUCUGUGGGAAAUGGGUCCAUAUUGGCUCUUUCAGUGGUAAACGUUGCCGACCCCUGGCCUAGCCCCACCGUUUGAGAAGUACUUCUGCGGGACAUAUGUAUCCUGUACGUUAUGAACUAUUCCGAGAAAUGUCAGCUAUUUCUGCUGUGGCGUCAUCCCCACCAGUACCCUUCUCCAGUCCACUUGCGGAAUCACCUCUCUCAUGCCUCUGUAAUUCCCUUUAUUCCACUGCAAUACUACGCAUGUAACCUAUGAUUCUCCCUCACAAAUUGCAGUAGGAAUUCAAUCAUAUUAUAUUUACUGCCUUCUAAUGGUUUCUUUACAUUAACCUCCCUAAUAAUAUCUGGGUUAUUACACAACACCCAAUCUAAGAUAGCGGUUCCCCCGAGUAGGCGCAACCAUCAGCUGCUCUAAAAAGCCAUUUCGUAAGCAUUCAAUGCAUUCUCUCUCUUGCGAUCUCACACCAAUCUGACUUUCCCAAUCCUCCUGCAGAUUGAAGUCACCCACAAUUGUGUAAUUAAAUUUGGUCUUUAUUCUUUGGAGCGUAGAAGGUUGAGGGGGGACUUAAUAGAGGUAUUUAAAAUUAUGAGGGGGAUAGAUAGAGUUGACGUGGAUAGGCUUUUUCCAUUGAGAGUAAGGGAGAUUCAAACAAGGGGACAUGAGUUGAGAGUUAGGGGGCAAAAGGUUAAGGGUAUCAUGAGGGGGAAUUUCUUUACUCAGAGAGUGGUAGCUGUGGGAAACAAGCUUCCAGUAGAAGUGGUAGAGGCAGGUUCGGUAUUUAAAGUAUUAAAGUGUUCAUCAUUUAAAGUAAAAUUGGAUAGGUAUAUGGACAGGAAAGAAUGGAUGGUUAUGGGCUGAGUGUGGGCCAGUGGGACUAGGUGAGAGUAAGCGUUCGGCACAGACUAGAAGGGCUGAGAUGGCCUGUUUCCGUGCUGUAAUUGUUAUAUGGUUAUGGUUAUAAAUUUAUUACAUAAAUGCCUAACCUUCAGGAGUAUCUGGGGCAGAAGUGAGGAUACAAGCUUUUACCAAAGUUUUGGAAGUUGAAAAACCUGAAGGUAGAUAAGAAUCCUGGACCAGAAGGUGAACACCCCAGGGUUCAAAAAGAGGUAGCUGAAGAGAUUGUGAAGGCAUUAGAGUCAUAGAACUCUACAAAACUGGAAAAUGCCAUUCAGCCAAUCUAGUCAGUGCCAAAGCAUUAAUCUGCUGGGUUCCACCUGGACCAAUAACCCUGCAUAUCCUUCUCAUCCAUGGACCUCAGCAAAUUUCUCUUAAAAGAUUGUAAUCAUCCCUGCCACUUGCUCUGGCAGCUCAUUGCACACUCUCCCUACCUCUGAAUGAAGAAGUUCCCUCUUAGUUUUCUCUUAAUGUAACGAGUAAUGUAACUUGUAGUCUUUUAACAUCUUUGGACUCUUUUUACUGUGCCCAUGGUCUGUUUCUUAUCAAUUAUGGUAUUGUCUGCACUGUUAUAACUAUAUGUUAACUAUAACUAUAUGUAACUCUGUGGUUUUGUAUAGGUCUUAUAGCUUUAGUUUUUUUGUUUGUUGGGUGGUAGAGUUGGUCUCCUGACUUGGUGUGUCUGGGCAGUCUUGUUUUGUCUGGUGAGUUUAGAGCUCCUUUCCAAGGAAAGUGCUAAGAUGGUAGCACAAUAUUAAUAUGCAGCAGCCUCUCUGGACUCUGGAUUUGGAGAUUACCAAACGUUAUGUGGAUUUUCUGGUGUAGUCUGUUUUGUCAUGUGCUUUUGUGAUAUCAUUCUGGAGGAACGUUGUCUCAUUUUUUAAUUGCAUUUGUUGUUUCUAAAUGACAAUAAACUGAAACUGAACUGAA